GAGUGAGCGUACAAGAGAGGUUAAGCAGUUUCUUUUCCUGUGUGUAAAGAAGAUAGAGAAGAAGACCUGUAGAGAGCAAAAUAGAAGACAGUGUUAAAUCUACACUCUUCCUUGGUGGAGUUUGAAUCUAAUCUUCUGAGAAAAAAAAAGAUCAAAACUUUAAUUUUAUUUCUCUCUGUUUUACCAAAAAGUUCCUGUCUUUGGUUUCAUGAAGCUUCACUCUUAGUGAUUCUGGUAUUGUGGAAGCUAAACCGCUGAGUUUAAGUUGCAGAUCUUGAGGUUCUUAAAGUAUUUUCUAAUGGAAGAAGUGAAAGGACAAAGAGGAAAUGGAACCACUGAUGCAGAUUUUGUGCUGCAAUGGGGGGAGAGAAAAAGAGUUAGAUGCAUGAAAGUGAAGAAAGAUCAAAGCCGCAAGUCAUCUGAUUGUUUGUCUAAUAAGCGCAAACUCAUUUCUCGUGCUGUCUCUUCUGACAGAGGCUCCCCUUCUCGUCAUCUUAACCGUCCAAACAAGGUUGUAGAGUCUCCAGGUAAUGUGAGGAGAUCGUUUGUGGCGUCACCUGAGAAGGAAGAUAGGUACUACACAACGAGAGGUUCAAUGGGUGUAGAUGAGAGUGGGAAGAUUAUAAAGGAACCUGUGAAGGAAACCAAGAAGCAUGUGUGGCCAAAGUUGUUUAUAACUUUGUCAAACAAAGAGAAGGAAGAAGAUUUCUUGGCUAUGAAAGGGUGCAAGCUUCCUCAAAGACCCAAGAAACGAGCCAAAUUGGUUCAGAAGACUUUGCUUCUGGUGAGUCCAGGUACUUGGCUAUCAGAUCUUUGCAAAGAGAGGUAUGAAGUAAGAGAGAAGAAGACUUCAAAGAAGCGACCAAGAGGAUUGAAGGCAAUGGGGAGCAUGGAGAGCGAUUCAGAGUAAGGAACAGUUGAGUUUAAGAAACAUUCAGGAUUUUGGUGAAGGCUAGAAGGGAGUAGACAACGCACUAGAAUCUGUUUUGUUUCUUUCAUUACAGGUCAACAACUAUGAGGCACUUGUAUUUUUUCCUGAAUGUUUUGCUUUUGAAGCUAAUCUACAAGUCUUUCCUAAUCAAAAUCUUUUUUUCUCAACCUUGUUA